AUGGAGAAUUGGAUUGUCCGUAACUGGGAUGAUAUGAUACUCCUCUACGACUACAUUUUUGGCCCAAAGAAGAUGAAUGUCGAUCCCAAACAUUCGAAGAUCCUACUGACGGAACCACCGCUGAACCCUCUAAAGAACAGGGAGAAGAUGGUUGAAGUUAUGUUCGAAAAAUACGGGUUUAACGCUGUCUACAUAGCCAUCCAAGCGACUCUCGCAUUAUAUGCACAAGUCAUCAUCGUCACCAUGAAUAACAUGACAUCGCUGUUCAACACGGAUAUUUCGCUGCCGCACAACCAUGAUUUAUCUGAAGGCCUUAUGGUGAAGAUUAGGAUAAAGAUGGACAUCGUAAGGACUACAAUUAUUCUGAGGUGCUCACACCUACAGACACAUUCAGACAAUCCACUUCUGGUGCUGGUCACGCUCUUCAGUGAAGGUGCUCGUUGCACAACCGAAAACUCGCUUUCUAAUAAUCUCAUCAUGAAUUCGCCGGCGCCAACCCACGCGAGCUAUGGCCACGACACAGAGAUUCUCGAAUACCUGAAGACGUCUCAGUUCCACUGUUGGGAUAGGCCAAGUUUCGCAGCCAUACAACAAAACACAUAUCCAGCUGCGGCAACCUCCGCGUUACCAGAUGUGUGCAGCUGGAAGCUGGAAGAGAGCGACAGAACACUCAGUUCAAUCAGUGCAAAUGGAAUAGAGCGUACUAACAAAAUGCCACUAGUUGUCCUCCUUGCUUCAGUUUGCGAAUACUAA